CCGGCGGGCACGGACUUCGCGUGAGGUUUGGGGAAAGACGCGUGAAAGCUGCGGCAUUGGUGGUGGUUGUGGGUGGCGUGUGCGUGGCCGGACCCUGGGUUCCCAUAUUAGUUGCGCUCCUACUGUGUGCGGCGCACGGUAGCAGCCACCGGGCAGCGGCGGGACUCGAACUUGGGCUGAGGCGCCUCCCUGGGCGCGCCCCAGACGGGAGAAACGGGGCAGAGCGUGUUCAGCCAAAGAGGACAAGGAGACAGAGUCAGGACUUAAAACCAGUUCGAGUCUACAUUCAAAAUUAGGAGUUUUCACCUGAACAUCCAGAUAUCAGACUUCUUCAGUCAGACGGGCUGGCAGCAUGGGCCCACGUCCCCCACUGCUCCCCACAUCCCUGACACUGGCUUCCAGAAGCAGCUGCCAUUGUCCCAGGUGUGUCUCUUGUAGUGGGGGAGAAUCCCCAUGCUCAUGUCACUCUCCUAUGUGGCAGUGCAAAAGACCAAGAUGGACACGUGUUUUAAGAAAAAUGGGGGAGAGCAAGUCUCUUUGUGGAUAGCAUGAAUAUUCCAGAAUGUUGGGUGUGCCAGCUGUCUGUGUAGAAAGGCCAGUCUUGCCUCCCUCCCUGGCCCUGGUCUGAACUGGGUGGUGGUCUGAGGACCGAGGAGCAUCAUGGGUCAUUCCAAGGACUGGCAGUGUUUGGGGGUCUAGACUGAAUUAUGUCUCCCCAAAACAUAUGUUGAAGCCCUAACCCCUAAUGUGACUGUAUUUGGAGAGAGGAUUUAUAGGAGGUAAUCAGGGUAAAUGAGGUGAUAUGGAUCAGGCCCUAACCUGAUAGGACUGUGGCCUUACUAAGAAGAGGAGCCCUAUUAAGAGGGAUCACUCUGCCAUGUGAGGACACAGAACGUAGCAGUCUGCAAGCUGGAAGAGAGCUCUCAUCAGGGACCGAAUCCACCGACACCUUGAUCUUGGACUUCCAGCCAGAAAUAAAUGUGUGUGGUCUAAGGCUCCCAGUCUCUGUGGUAUGCUGUUAUGGCAGCCUGAGUAGACGAAGACACUGUGUUUCCCAAAAGGAGCGUGUGAAUCUUCCACCCAUUCUGAGUGAUGCCUGGGCUGACCACAAACAGGAGAGUUUAGCAGAUGUCGUCCCCAUGAGUAAGGAUUUCCAAGCGUGCCUGGUGGUCCUUGAAUCCCCCUUCUUCCUCCAUGCUCCAGCCUCUUUUAUCCUGAAGGCAGCUCUCCCUCGGAGGAAUGGUCAUGCUUUGCAAGGCUGUUCUUACCUGCCUGCUUCUCAUUUGGCCUGCUGGCUGUAGGGGUAACAGAUAAAGUUUCAAAUGCUGGGUGGUUGAGAGUGUAAACAAUGGCUAUCUCCUGCCUCCCUGUUAACUAACGUAUCCUCUCCUCUGUCUCAGAUUUAAAAAUGGAACCAAAACACAGGCCAACUCCAAGGAGAGAUUUCCCAGCAUUCUCAGCAACCGCUCUUUUCCCUCAUUCUUUGUAUUCAUGAAAAUACUAACAAUACUAAUGUUUACUGACUGCUUCUAGCUUUCCCCCUAGAGUGAAGUGUUUUAAUGUACUAGAUCAUUUAAUCCUAGUAAGUAUCCUCUGGGGCACAGGUAUUGUCUGUCUCCAUUUGUACCACCAUCAUCAUGUUUGUGAAUCAGGUUUGUAAAAGGCUGGGCAGCAGACGUCAAUGUCUGAAGAAGAAAUUCCUCUCAUUCAUUUAUUUAGUCAUUUAGCAAAUAUUUACUGAGCACCUCUAUGAACCAAGCAGAUCUGUCCACUGUGUUUAGAAGAUCAGAGGGUAUUAUGGACCCAAGUGGCCCCCUCAAAGGAUACCUUGUGGCAGGACCAGAGUCUUCCAAGAAAUCAUUCAGAUAUUUAUUCCAAGGCAGGGCUGUGAUUACCUGGCUGGUGUUGAGGAGAACCUUAGGGGAGUGGUUGGUGCAGCAGGCUCAGGAGUGGACCUGCCUGAGUUUGACUUGGCUUUUCCACUUUUCUAGCUGUGUGGCCUUUAGCAGGGCUAUGCCCUCUCUGAGCCUUAGUUUAGUCAACGAAAACGUGAGUCAUGUUGAUAUCUAUACAAGAGAGUCAUUAUGAAGAUUUAAGUAGCACAGUAAAAAAAAAAAAUCCCUUGGACUUAGGAAGUGCUUAAAAAACACUAGCUUUGGGACCCCUGGGUGGCCUAGUCGGUUAAGCAUCUGCCUUUGGUUCAGGUCAUGAUCCCAGGGUCCUGGGAUCGAGUCCUGCAUCAGGCUCUUUGCUCAGUGGGGAGCCUGCUUCUUCCUCUGCCUGCUGUUCCCCCUGCCUGUGUUCUUUCCCUCUGACAAGUAAAUAAAGUCUUUAAAAAAAAAAAAAUUAGCUUUUACUAUUGGCUCAUGGAGGCCUUAGAAAAGUUGUAGGGGCACCUGGGUGGCUCAGUUGGGUCUUGGUUUCGGCUCAGAUCAUGAUCUCAGGAUCCUGGGAUGGAGGCCCAAGUCAGGCUCUGCACUCAGUGAGGUGUCUGCUUCAGGAUUCUCUCUCCCUCUGCCCUUCCUCUCUAUCUCCUCUAAUAUUAAAAAGAAAAAAAAAUCUUAAAAAGUGUAAUAAAAUACCCAUUAUAUAUCAGUUUUGGGGCACGGUAGCUCUCUGAUGACUCUCUUAGAGAAUUUAGUCAAAUUAGCUAAACUAUUUGACUUGCGUAUUGAGUUUCUGUUUCUCAGUCACUGGGACAUUGAGAAAUUGCUACCAAAGAUGACAACUUUUGGAGAGUUUGAUUGUACACCCUGCUUUCCCUGUCACAAUUAAAUAAUAAGAGCAAAUGUGAGCUGAAUCGAUGCCUCGUAUGUGACGCUGGAACUGUGUCAUCAGUCUGAAGCGAUCUUCCCCUUUGUCUUCAGAGAAGGAUAUGUGCGUGCUGCAAACUUCUACUAUGAGCAAUGCUUGGGGCCUUCGUGGACCCACGGACCUCUUACAGGAACUCCACGGCACCAGGUAUCCAAGAGCCACACACGGAGACCCAAGAAUUUCAUCUCAUUAUGGCUGCAAGUCAUGAAGCUAGAGCCGAUGCUUAAGGAGCAUUUGUUAUGCGCUGGACUUUGUCACAGGUGCUUUACAAAUAUCAUCUCAUCUAAUCCCUCAGUCCCUCAGCCCUCUGAAGUUGGAGCUUUGGCAAUCCCCAUUUUACAGAGCCCUGCAAACAUCAUUUCCAGUGUCUGGCCAGAGACAUAGGGAGAGACAAGUUUGAGCCCUGAGGUACAAGAAAGGAAGACCUGCCCCCAAACAAUGGCAACCACACCUGGUCUCCAGCCUCCACAGCCCCCGGAGCAAGAUGAGAUCCUGAUUGUGAAGGUGGAGGAGGAUUUCUGCUGGGAAGAGGAGCCCUCCCUGGAGUCCGAAGACCCCAGCCCUGAGACAUUCCGCCAGCUCUUCCGGCUCUUUUGUUACCAGGAGGUGGCCGGGCCACGGGAGGCCCUGAGCCGCCUCUGGGAGCUCUGCUGCCGCUGGCUGCGGCCUGAGAUGCGCACCAAGGAGCAAAUCCUGGAGCUGCUGGUGCUGGAGCAGUUCCUGAUGGUGCUGCCAGGGGAGAUCCAGGCCCGGGUGCGGGAGCAGCAGCCGGAGAGUGGUGAGGAGGCCGUGGUCCUCGUGGAAGGGCUGCAGCGGGAGCCCAGGAAACAGAGGCAGCGGGGCCUGGAGGUGUUCCCUGAUGAUAUACUGCCCCACGGGACAGGAGAACAGCGCCUGAAACACCAAGUGGAGGCCAGGCCAGAGGAGCUGUCUCUGCAGGAAGGGUCUGGGUGCUUCAGCCAGCAGCCCCCAGCCCAGCAGAGCCACAGACCAAAGAGGGGCCCCCAGCUCUGGCCAAAGAGGGGCCCAGAGGCCUCCCAGCAUCAGGAGAUAGAGGCAUCAGCUACAUCCUUCGUUUCAUCCUGGUCCCGGCAGGUGCCAGUGACCUUGGAGGACAUGGCGGCGUACCUGUCCCAGGAGGAGUGGGAGUGCCUGGACCUGGCUCAGCGGGACUGCAGCUGGGACGUGCUGCCAGAGAACAGGGGGCUUGUACCACCACUUGAAGAUGGAGAGGACCCCGGGGAGGACAUGUCGAUGAGAAGGGAGCAGGACCGAGAGCCAGGCAGGGGAAUGACCAGGCCUGAGAAGCCUCUGGAAGGAGGAGGACCCCAACACGUUGAAAAGCCGUAUAUGUGCCCCGAGUGCGGCAAGGGCUUUAGCAAGACGUCCCACUUGACCAAACACCAACGCACACACACUGGGGAGCGGCCCUACAAAUGUCAGGUGUGCGGGAAGGGCUUCAGUGACCGCUCCAACUUCAGCACACACCAGAGGGUCCACACGGGCGAGAAGCCAUACGCGUGCGCGGAGUGCGGGAAGCGCUUCAGCCAGAGCUCCAGCCUCGUCAUCCACCGCAGGACGCACACCGGGGAGCGGCCUUACGCCUGUGCCGAGUGUGGGAAGCGCUUCAGCAACAGCUCCCACUUCAGCGCGCACCGGAGGACACACGCAGGCGAGAAGCCCUUCAUGUGCCCGGCCUGUGGCAGGGGCUUCCGCCGGGGCACGGACCUGCACAAACACCAGCGGAUCCACAGUGGAGAGCAGCACCUGCCAGCCCCGCAGAGCCACACGGCACAGCUCCAGGGGACCCCCAGGCCAAAGCCCAGCCGCCACUCAUUGAGCUGCCAGCUUCCGGGGCCCCGUUCAGAAUUUCGAGGUCAGAGUUCAUGAAGCUGCUGGAGUUACUGUCUUGGAACCAGAACCCUAAUCUGAAGGCAUUUCAGACUCACCCUUUUUGCCCCUGGUGGGGGCCCAGCCCAUGGCCGUGGGACAUUUCAGGUGCCCAGGCUGAGGAAAGAGGCCAGCCAUUGAGUUCGGCAGUGACGGCUGGACAUGGAGCUGGGUGGACCUUGGUCCUGGGGCCACUGUACCGGUGGCCACAGCCUGGGUGGCUCACCACCCCAGGGAUGGAUUCUCACCGUUCAAGAGGCCAGAGGUCCAAACUCAAGGUGGGGGCAGGGCUGCUUCCUCCAGAGGCCAUGAUGGGAGAGGCCGUCCCACGCCUCCCUCCUGGCUUCUGGUGUUGCUGGCAUUUCCUGUGUUCUUGGCUUGUGGCCACAUCGCUCCCGUCUCUGCCUCUUCUCUGCUCUGCUGUCCUCUUCUAAGGGCACAGUCAUUUCGAUUUAGCCCCCCCCCCGAUCCAGAAUGACCUCAUCUUAAUUACCUGUCCAAAGACCCUAUUUCCAAAUAAGGGUACAUUCUGAGGUUGUGGAUGCAUGCGAAGCUGGUGACACUUGUCAACUCACUUCGGGGAAACCUCAAUGUCUCCAGUUCCUUGCAGUAUUAACAUACCCCAGCCUUCCCUGGCCUCCUACCUUCUCCUCCAGCCUCGCCAAACUCAGUAUGUGGCCUGGGGGGCUUUUUCUGAAUCCUUGUGGUGUCAGCAGGGCAGUGGGGUGAGUUGGGUGUCACCUUCAUAGAUCCACGGUUGUUCUAAAGGAUGAAGGCCUGGUGUGGGAAUGCUUCCCUGAUACCCCAUCUUCCAGGCUCUCCCAGCCCGUGAGGAAGCCUGUGGAUUUGACCAGCCUUGCCAUCUGUCCCCAGGGCAGGAGUCCAGGGUUGCCUUUGCUCCAGCCCCAAGUGGCCAGGACAAAGGCAGCCUUGGCUGCCCCACUUGGUUUCAGAGACAGACAUGCCUCUGAUCUGUUCGCAUCCACUCUCUCCUGGGCAGCUGAGGGGAGCAGGAGAGAGUCCUUGUUCCGUUUUGUCAUCACUGGAGUCUUGGGGCAGCUGCUGAAACCAUUUGGUUCUGGAACAUUACAUGCAGGGAGUAAGGCAGUUUACCAUGGCGGGGUCGCCUUGGACCUUGUGCUGUGCCCCAUUCUGUUUGUCACUCAAUCACUGUAGGUGUUUUCCACCUUUCAGCGUAACCCAGGUUCCAGGGUGUGUGAUCUGUUCUCGGUUCCCUUAAUAAACAAAGUCAGUCCCUCUGACCUUCUGAGUUCUGCCCUGUGUGUUCUCCAGAGAAGGGGCCAUGCAGUUGAAUCAUGGUUUUCACUUCUAGGCCAGCUUCCAGGGCUCUUGAGCACGCCUGGUGUUGCCGACCACCCACCUUCCCCAUGCGGCCAUGAGUCUGUGGGCUCACUUCUGUCAUGUCCAGGCUGGUGCCGGAGUGGCCGCCCGCUUCCUGGCCUGGGUACAUUAGUCCCUGUUGCAGAAUAUUCUGUCCUGCAGUCCUAGGACAUAGGGCUUUGUGACUCUCCUUUUAUAGAUGGGAAACUGAGGCCUUGAGUGUUUCCAGCACCUUGUCCAGGUGGCAGAACUGGCUUUGAACUCAGAUCUGAACUCCUACCACAUCAUCCGCUCGGCUUUCCUUAAUGGUCAUUCACCCAGUUGAACUUGGAACAAAGAGCUGCUUUUCUCUCAUUUUGUGAAACAUCCUUAAUGAACUUCCUGGCAUUGAAAGGGGUAGAGAUGGGAUGGGUUUAAAGGAAAAAAAGCUGGCCGUUGUUCUUGACAGGCUGCAUGGGUGGAGGUGGUCAUGUUUAGUCUGCUUGCCCAGCACCUGAGCCCUGACUGCACUGCACGUGCCCUGGAGCAGAGAGGGUGAGGGGCUUUUGCAGAUGGGCAAGACCCUGGAGCCCAGGUGACCUCCUGUGGCCGUGGUGGAAGCUGCCUUGCCCCUGGCCCCUCAUCAUUGCAGGUGGUGGCUGGUGUGAGGGCCCCCAGGGCCAUAUUAGGUGGGGUUUGUGGCCCUGAUCGUGGCUGGCUGAGGCCAGGCAGAGCCUGCCUUGCCCAGUGCAGGGCUUGAUGGAAAGAGACCCUUACUCAUCCUCAGCACAUGCUAGCAGGUGGUGACCCCAGCUGAAUGCUGGAACAUGUGCUCAAAUGCCAAGGACCCUGCCAAGUCACAGGGAGACUCGAGAUGACUGCUCUUCCUGUGGGGCAGGCGGGGCAGAGAGGGACAGAGACAGAGAAGCAGAAUCUCGGAAACAAGUUGAUAAGAGAACAGAGGUAGCCACAGAUCAGGGCUUCAGCCUGUUGGGGACAGCAGGGCUGAGAACAAUCUGAAAGGACUCUGAAAAUGAGGGACGGUGGGGGGAAAUGCUUGCAAAGUAACAGGAAGGAUGUCAUCCACAAGGCGGAGCACUGCUCUGUUCCAUGGGGACCGUUUGGGUGUCAGGACACUCGGGACUCUAUGGAAAGUCAGCUCCACCCAUACUUCGUAAGGACCCUAAAACAGAUGUGUGCCUUUGUAUCUUGGUU